AUGGUGCAUCUGUUUUGGGAUCUGCCAAACGAUGAUAGAAUGGGGAUCUACCCUUGGUUAAUCUGGUAUAUUUGGAAGGCCCGCAAUGACAAAGUUAUGUCAAAUGUGGAUUGGGACCCUAAUGAAAUAGUUACCAAAGCUACAGCGGAAGCAACGGCUUGGGAAACGGCCCAGGAUAAACAGGAAGUGGUAUAUCCACCUUCAUUGACCCCUGUGGAAACUAUGAUAUCAGGAGAUAGAUGUCAGGUGGAUGGGGCUUGGAAGGAGACAGAAUGUAGGGCUGGCCUAGGAUGGUACUACUUCAACACAACUACCCAGCACAGGCUUAUGGGCGCGUGUAAUCUGCGACGGGGAAUAUCCCCACUUCAGACUGAAUUGGAUGUCAUGUUACAGCUUCCUGUUCCCAAGACUGUGAAGGACAUCAGGAGUUUUCUGGGUCAUGCAGGGUUCUACAGGAGAUUCAUCAAGGAUUUCUCAAAGAUAGCAAGACCCUUGACAAGGCUUCUGUGCAAAGAGACAGAUUUUGAGUUUGAUGAAGAAUGCCACAAGUCUUGGACCUUGCUGAAGGAUGCUCUGGUAUCUGCCCCAAUAGUUCAAGCUCCAAACAGGGAUUACCCAUUUGAGAUUAUGUGUGAUGCAUCUGACUAUGCAGUAGGAGCAAUGCUUGGCCAAAAGAUAGACAAGAAACUCAAUGUCAUCUACUAUGCAAGCAAAACUAUGGAUGAUGCUCAAUGCAAGUAUGCAACCACAGAGAAGGAGCUCCUUGCCAUCGUCUUUGCCUUUGAGAAAUUUCGAAACUAUAUAGUGAUGAUAGGAUUUGUGUGUGGGUGUGAAAGAUAUGAAAUGAGAUGUGGUGGAAUGCAACAGUGGUAA